AGACAAAUCUGGCAACUAGCUGUUUUUCUUUUCCUAGGUUUGACGGGUUAGUUUUAUGUCGGAUUUCUAAAACCAACUCAAAGAGAACGCCAAGAAAUUUCACCAGAAACAUAUAAAUCAGCGGUGCAUGAUGUAACAUGAUUUCCAUUUUGGUCAUGUUAGUCGGUGUUGCCUUGUUUGAACCAGUUUCAUCAGCCUGUCGAGAAAAAGAAUACCCAACCAGCGACGGACAGUGUUGCCCGAUGUGCCAAGAAGGAACCGUGGUUGGCAGGGACUGCACGGCUGAGUCAGGAACACACUGCGUCCCCUGUCAGACGGGAACCUACAUGAACCAACAAAACGGACUGAAGAGGUGUCUCUCCUGCUCCACCUGUGGCCGAGAGCUUGGUCUCUUCGCGAAGCAGAAGUGUACAUCAACAUCGGAUACGGUUUGUGAUGUUCUAAGUGGGUUUUUCUGCAAAAGUUUAAUCGAUGGUACAGGAUGCAGCACAGCAGAGAAGCAUUCAGUCUGUAAGCCUGGAGAGAGAAUAAAGCAGCCUGGAACCAGCAGACAUGAUACAGUGUGUGAAGCUUGUCAGCCAGGCUCCUUUUCCCCAGAUGGAGUGACCUGCACUCUGUGGACAAAAUGCUCUGAAAACCAAAUCAAGGUCCAAGACGGAAGCUUAACAGCCGAUGUUGUCUGCAGCAAUGGAUCAAGACACAGAUAUUUUCUGUCGCUGCCAGUGGUUUGCUUCUUAAUAGUGUGCUUCUUAAUACCUCUGCUUUCCAGAGGUUUUGUAGUGAUUUGAAUAACAGUUUAACUGUUUGUUAACCAUUAAAACUUCUGCCUGUUAAAAGAAGGUAGUUAUAUAUGUUCAAAAAUAAGUAGUAAUCGUUACAUUUACUUGAAUAACCUUUUGGGAAAAGAGGCACAAAAAAGACUAUUUUUACUGCACU